GACAUUUCUCGGCGUUUUUUUAACAUUCCCAUUUGUUUAUAUAUGUCGCUAUAUCGUUCUAUUGUUAAAACGUUCAUGAGUCAACAAUUAUUUCGAAUUUAUUCAAUAAAAAUAAGUGAGACCACUACAAAUCAACGAUGUCGAAGAAAAAAGACUUUGAAGAGCAACUAUUGGAAGCAAAUACCCCAUUGCGACGAAAUAGAAAAAUGAAAAAGAACCGUCGUGAUAAAAUUGUUGAGAAUAAUAAGCAUUCGGAAUCAUUGUUGGCCACCGAUUCAUCGAUUGAUGGAACAAAUGAUGCCGUUGAUGUGGAAGAGGACUUAUGUGUGGUCGAAGAGCCUGCAUCAUCCAAUCAACGUCAAUCAAUAUCGAAUGCCAAUUUUGUUGAGAUGUCGGCUGCUGAUAAAUUAAAAUCACAGGCCAAUAAACAGGGAACAAUGGCCGGAAUGGCAACGGGAAUUGGCAAUAGUGCAUCAGCAAAACCGAAUAAAAAACGAAAAACUCGACGCGGCAGCGGUACAUCGAGUGAAGAGGAACGAUGGCUUGAUGCCAUCGAAUCCGGAAAAUUGGAACAAGUUGAUGAUGAAUUGAAAAAAAUUAAAGAUCCAAAAUUAAUGACAGCUCGACAACGUGCCAUGUACGAACGAAGCAUCGAAAAAGAUCCAACGCCAAGCGGACACGAUACGCUAUUAGCAUUACCAACUGGUUACAAAGAAAAAGUGAUGACCGCCGAAGCACUCGAAAAGGCACAAUUAAAAUCACAAAAACGAAAACAAAUGGCCGAUGAAAAACGUGAAAAAGAUAAACGAAAAACAAUGGAUCGUCUGUUAAAAAAACAGGAAACGAAACUUACAAAAGUGGCCAAAAAUAAAAUUGUUAAAGUCAUUGUACCGGUUAUAUCAUAUCAAGAAUCAAUUGCAAACGGUGCACUAUUAUCGUAUCCAUUAAAUUUUGAGUUUCCAAUGCAGGCACAAGUGGCACGAAAGCCACCGGCAAUUAUUUUAUGCGCAAUAUGCAAUGAUAAUCGCAAGCGAUACACAUGCUCGAGAACGAAUGUGCCGUUGUGCAGUCUCAAAUGUUAUAAAUCAAAUCAAAUGCAACGAGAAAUCUCUUGCUAACACAAAACUUGCAGAGUCAACGAUUGCAGUGUAAUUAUUCCAUUUUAUCGAUAGUCGAUGAAGAACAAACAAACAAACAAUUUUAUCUCGUAGUAAAUAGGGAAAUAAACAACCACAUUUUUUUAAUUCAAA